AUGAGACGCAUUAGUAAUUCAACUUACCAGAAACCCACUACCGCCGUCGUUGAAGUAUCAUCCGAUGAUGAUGAUCAUACUACAAGAUCGACUCGUAUAUCAACAGCAACACCAACUAAAGCUUCUCAAUUCGAUUUCACCUUAGAAUUUAAUUCGCCUUCUGGUCUAGCUCAAAGGCCAUACUUACCCUACACAAUUAAUGCCUUCAAUCGUGCACGUUUAGAUAUUCUACCAAAGUAUCCACCACAAGACAAUCUCAAUCGUUGGGAUGACGAUGAUGAUGAUGAUGAUGCAGAUGAUGGAACAGAGCUACUGCUGGCGAAUGUACCAAACGAUCAAUUGAAUGCCUCAGAACGUGCAUCUCGACGACCAGCCAAGUGUAAACCAGUGUUUUCAAUUCACAACACCAAGAACAAAGUGAAAUCUCUCAUGUUUCGAAAAUAUCAAACAUAUUUCCAAAGUUUGAUUCCUCGUUUACAUGUCGACUGUGCCAUUCUGGAUUACAACUAUAUACGUUUGGAAGAUACUAUUCAUCUGUGUCACGAGUCAUACAAACGCACAGUGCCUGGUGCACAAGAUUCAAGUAAGAAUUUCAUUGUAGAUGAUCAAGAACUACCACAAUUAUUGGAAUUUUACUUACAAAUCGAUGUGGAUCUCUUCUAUAUGAAAACGUGUUCAUUUCGUCAAGCACAACCUCGUUCAGCAACUGAAGGUAUCUUCUGUUCAGCAGCACAUCAAUGUUCUUAUGCUAUGGCACCUUGUGGUCGAUGCAACUUGUGUAUCUUAAUGAAGAGUUCAACUACUAGAUAUCAACCAUGUCCCAUCCAAUUCAAUCUCUAUCAGAAACAUCGAUUCGUUAAUGGAUAUGAGUCGAUUUUGAAUUGUCCAGCACGAUGUGAUACGAAAAAUAUUAUCUACGCUCUCACAUGUCUGUGUCGACAAUAUGAUUUUGUUGGUGAAACUAGUGAUUCAUUGUGGACUCGCUUAUCUUCACAUCAGAUGUUCAUUGAUCGGCUCAUCGUCGAACAGUUAGUUGGCACAAAGAACUAUCAAGAUUUGUAUGAAAGUAAAACAAAACAAAUCGAAGAGAAGAAUCGUUCGCGGCUCUAUCAACAUGCCAUGCGUUGCUCACAGGCAAUUCAAGCGUUCUUAAAUGUGAACAAAGACUAUUGGGCAUUUGUUCCAGUGCCUAACGCACAAGCAACUGCUCUGGAUGCCAAAUACCAUGCCAAAACAUCAACGUCAACCAUUGAUACACAGACAGAAAAUUUCCUCUUCAAUUUACCAAAGCCACCCGUCGGAUACAAGUUUACUAGAAAUCAAAUUGAAGAGCAAAAACGAUUCUUCAGUGACGGAUUGUACACGAAGAAACGAAACAGUAACUAUGCCACAUGUAUUGGCACAAUAAUAGCUGUUCUACCACCUGAUAUCAGCAAAACAUUUCGUCAAAUCAUUCAUUUCUUGUUUGUUUCACACACAGAAGCGAAAUUAAAUACACUAGGACAUAUUUUUCUCGUUCCUAGUAACUAUCCUUUACAUCACGGUGUCUGGUGUGCAAAUCUUCUUCAUCCUUGA